AUGAGCUCCAAGAACACGUUCAACACCGCCACAGCCGACAAUGCUGCCCCGGAUGCUGCUGCUGGCAAUGCUCCCUGGAAUAACCCUCAACAGGGCACUAGCAACCUCCCUCACGACGCCCACCGCCAACCCGGCCCCGAUGUCCCAUGCCGCGCCCUCCAAAUCGACCCCGUCCAAAUCGACGACGGCGAAGUCGACGGCUUACGGCUUAAGGUUUCAGCUAUCGGGGAAUACGUGGCUACCCAUGAACCCCAAUCGGCAGACGGACCGUGGAUCCAGGAUCAGAUCUGCGAAUACGAUCUAGCAAUGGACAACCUGCCACCGGAGGCACAGCACUGGCCACUCUAUCUCCGGAGAUCCAUGGCUACAGCUGCAAUGCUGAAGCAUAUGGCGGACUCAGAUCCCAGCAUAGUAAGCCUGGGCGACGAGCGGAUCGCGGAGAUAACAAGCCAUUUACAAACCCUGAUUUCUGAGGAGAACAAGAAAAAUGCAGAGAAACUGGCGACGAUGAAGAAGAACUAG